UGUCUUUGUUUCUUCGUAGUUUUAGGGACUUGGCCUCUUUCAAGUUUCUGCUAUCGCUGUGUAUCGAUGCUUAUCUGAAAGUAGUGUUUGCUGUUAGACAAGCUCCUCCCCUGUCACCACACGGUCCGGCGGACGCUAAACCCUGCGCCAGUUGGGCUCAGUAUGGCCAGCCAGGCGCUGCUGAUAGCAGUGCGGCUGUGCUCUCUGCUGCCGGCCGGGGCACUGGCCGCCGUGCCGCAGGCCGCUCUGCAGGUGCUGGCCGACUCCCUGAGCCGCGACCAGUGCGUGCAGCUGGCGCGGCAGCUGGCCGUGCCCGAGCCGUCCGGCCGCCUCGACCAGCCGUGCCUGGCGCUGCUGCGCCGCUGGAACCGCCCGCCUGCCGACGGCGCCGAGCUCAGCGCCGCCCUGCGCGACCUGGGACAACUGCAGCUGGCCGAGGCGCUCACCAGGCGGCAGCACCGUCAGGGCGCCGCGGCGCUGGCCGACAGUCUGCGGUCGGCGCGCCGGGCAGCUGCCACCGAGCAGGCCGACGACGCUGAGGAGCAGCUCGGCGCCGACAGCGACGACUCGGACCGGCGGCCGGCCGGCCGCGACCGGCCGCCCGAGCCGGACGUGUUCGGUGCGUCCGGCGGCGCGCUUCUGCUGACGGCGCUCUUCCUGACGGCGGCGGCGGUGUGUUUCUGCGCCGGCCGAUCGGUUUGCCCGGGCCUGGCGCACUACGACCCGGCCGCGCGCAGGCGCAGACGCCAAUCUGUCUCCGGCCGCGUCAAUCAGAUGCUGCGCGCGCAGCGAGUACGCGGCAAGAUGGCUCUGUUGACGGGCCUGCCAUCUGUCGGCGGCCGCAGCCACUCGCAGUACGCGCCGUUGGCGGCUGAGGAAGCUCAGCCCAGUGUGUCCGUGGCACCCACGGCUGUGUCCGUGGCACCCACGGCUGUGUCCGUGGCACCCGCGGCCACACGGCAGCCCACGUGAUCACUGCGGUGUCACAAAGGCUGGCUGGUCAUCCUCAAAUGGCGGCGCUCAUGGUUGGUGAGCGUGUGUGGCUCGCUUUUCUUAUAACUAGAACUUGUUUCCCAGAGUUUCUUUUUUCUUUUCUUUUUUUUCUUUUUACUUGGGCUUUGACCUGGUGUUUCAUUGCGUUCUUUGCGCUGUACGUUCCCUCCGCUUUGCGCACAGGAACCUAUUGUGUUCGUUGCGCCGCCGUCGCUGUGUUCACUACCAUAGUAUGGGUUAAACUUACGGUCUGCGUAAUUGAUUUGCCGAGCAAACUAUGUGAAAUAAAUAUAGGGGAGACCCGGA